UUUACACCAAGCCUUCUGAAAGACAAGGAGAAGAAACGGAUUUUAUAGAAAAUGUCAGAGAAAAAGGAGAGGCCUAGGCCUAGGUAUGCUCAAAAGGAAAAAAUUGGAAAAGUCCUCAUUGUCACAAACCAGAAUUAUCAGAGAAAACACUUUGGUGACAAUGAGGUACCAAAUAUUAGAUGCCUAGAAUGCAAGAAAUUUCAUAUCAGGAAAGAAGAAAUGGACGGUGAUUUGAAUUCCGAGUGGAUAAAAAAAGAGGAUGCUAAAAUUAAAGAAUUAGUCGACAUAUUUAAAGCUUUGGGGUUUACAGACAUACACGGUGGUACGGAUCAGUUUGUGGAGAGGAAUAAAUCAAAGAAGGAAAUGAUUGAAUUACUGCAAGAAGUGGCCAAGAAAAACUUCGAAGAUGACUACUGUUUCAUCUGCGUAGUCUUAUCCUAUGGAAAAGAUGGCGUUAUUACCUGUGUGGAUAGAAAUUCGUGUCCUAAAACCCCCACUCCAAGUAUGAUGCUGCCCGUGGCUGAACUCCAGGAGUGUCUCAAGGGAGAAAAAUGCCCAGGGCUUCUUAUGAAGCCCAAAAUAUUCCUAUUACAGUUGGAGCCAGUUCCAGAAGAUCGUAAAGAGGGCACAGAACCCAGUCAUGUAGAAGAACCUACUAAACAACUGAAAAUUCCCAGAGAAGCAGACUUUCUUAUCUACAACUGUGAGACAGAUUAUGCCAUCAAAGCAUGGAUCAAAGGCCUGAACGCCCACGUCAAAGAUAAAGAGGAGCCAUUGGAGAUACAGAGGCUGCUAACCAGAAUGAACAACAUUAUACGCAUGCACUUCAAAAGGCAAGGCACAGGCCCUGUGGAAUUGCCAUGUGUUACCUCCCUUCUGACCAAAGAGGUGUAUCUGGGAAAAUAAAUACCAACAGUAGAACUUAUACAUUGUUUGUAGAUUGUUGGAGUAAUUUCAUGAGAUUUAAAUUUUGUCUUCUUUUUUUUAGUUUUUGAAAAAUAAACUUUCUACAAAAAUUAUGAAUACAAUAUUUAAUGUUUUUAUCUAGUUGCAAGUAGUUACGUGUACUGUUUAUAAUAUUAUAUAAUAAUUGUUUUAUUGGGUUUUGAUGGUAGGCAAUGUUUAAAACUCGACAAUUUUUGCAAUCAUUCAAAUGAUUUGGAUAGUGGAAAUUUGAAACAAAAUGAAAAUGCCCCCAUGGUGAAUGUGUAAGACACUUUUUUUAGACCUAACUUUUUUUGAUACCAAAUUGCAAGAAAUUUCGAAGCUUUAAUCAACAUAUUAUUUUAUCAGUAAGGGUAGAAUAUAUCAGUAGUUCUUUAUCAUUGCUAGUGUGUUAUGCUACUCUAGUACAUUAGUUACAUUAUUUUGCCAUAUAUAGUUGCUCAAUUAGUGCCAUAUAUUUAACUGAAAUUUACAGUACAUCAGUACCAUAUUCAGUAAAACUUGCUUAUAACGAGCGCCAGGGAUGGUUGAUUUAGCUUAGCUAUUUGUGUAAUUCGUUGAACCUGUGAAGUUAACAAUAUAAUUUAAAAUUUUGGGGGAAAUAAAAUUACUAUGCUGUAAGUCUCAAUACAUUUUAAGUGUGUUUGCUAUAAGCGUGUUUUACUGUAUUUAUACGGGCUGCUAAUUCCCUUUUUAUUAUUAUUAUUUUUUUUUUGGUUUUGCUUUGUUUGUUUGUUUGUUUUGAUAGAAAUGCAAUCAGGUACUUUCUUAGAAUCUCAUAUUUAUAUAUUAGAUAUACAUGAGACAUGUUAUGUAAAAGAGAUUUUUUGGAAGACUUUUAACAUCUGGACAUCAUCCUAAAAGGGAAGAGCAGAAAUGAUUUUCCAAGUGACUUCAUUUAGACAUCGUUCUCUGUUACAACAUGAAUUAUUUACUGGCACAGUGAUCUAUGUAGUAACUUUAGGUAUAAUAGGCGUUCCUAUUCAAUUAUUGAAUUUGCUCAUCAAGAGCAAUGAAUUCAAUGAAUUCUUGAAUUCAUCAAGAAGAAUGUGAUUUAAGAAAUAAGAUAUCAUUUUUAGAGUUGCAUUGGGGUAUGACAUGAAGUC